AUGGGGUUUGCAAUUAUUGUCAUCGGGAUCGCAUUCAUCAUUUCAAUUUUAGCAACCCGCAGUAAUUUCUGCAAUCGUGUCAUCUCAUCUGCGGUUCAAUGGCUCCUCCUCCGAAAAUAUCCAGUGUGCAAUCUAGACCGAGGCACACCUCUUCCUUCAUGUCCCUAUGUUUGGCCCAACGGUCAAGGCGACAUAGGAAAGUUCCUCGAUGGCAUCGAAAACGGCGAGCAAUGGAGGCAGAGAUACGGCACUGUUUAUCGGAUCUGGUCGGGAAUGAAGCCUGAAAUCGUCUUGACAAAGGCUGAACAUGUGAAGAUUAUCUUUAAGGAUUCAGACAAACACUACAAAGCCGUGAAUAACAACUCGGGGUACCUCAUGGGCCAAGUUCUGGGCAAAUGCGUCGGACUUGUGAGCGGCCAGGAGUGGAGACACCUGCGAGCCGUGAGUGAGACAGCCUUUUCACACAAUAACGUCUCCGGUCAUGUCAACCUACUCCAGAACCGAGUUAAAAGCUAUAUUCGAGACCUCGAGGAAAGGGGAAGCCUACUUGGUGGUCUCAUCGACCCGGUUGAAGACCUGAAGAUGCUUCCCUUCUUCGCCGUUGCCGAUGUGAUCUAUGGGAAACUCCCUCCAGACAUGGAAAGGGGGCUGCGGUAUUUAGCCCCCAUUCAUGAAAGAUUGUUUACACAUGUCAUCCAAGGUGGCCUCAGUCGUUUGGAAAUUUCCAGGUUUCUUCCAACAGAGACCAACCGGACACUACGCGAAUUCGAAACUAAAUGGAAGGCGUUCAAUCAUAUGGCAUACCAGCGGGCCUGCGAUCUGUCUCUAACCGACACCCCUAUCUUCCAGCUCUUUGAUGCUCUCCACGAGGGUACUGUCAGUUACAAGCAUGUGCAACACACUCUGGAUGAGAUGUUAUACGCCAACCUCGACGUGACAAUGGGGGGCCUAUCAUGGAACCUUGUCUUUCUGGCAUCUGACCAACAAGUACAGAGACAACUACGGGAGGAGAUCAAGAAAGCACGACAAGAUAAAACCGAACAUCAAUAUCUCCUCAGUACGACCUCUUUUCUUUCUGCCUGCAUUUCCGAGUCAUCGCGUCUGAAGCCCCUAGCCGCCUUCUCCGUGCCGCAAUCUGCUCCUACUGAGCGAAUAAUCGACGGUUAUGUUAUUACGGCAGGGACAAACUUCGUAGUUGACACAUACUCACUCAACAUCCAGAAUGAGUUCUGGGGCCCUGACGCACAGGAAUAUCGACCGAGUCGAUUCCAGGAGGUAAAUAGCAUCGAGGCCCGCUACAAUUUCUGGCGAUUCGGUUUUGGACCACGACAAUGCAUGGGGCGGUAUGUGGCAGACUUGGUUAUUCGAGCCUUACUCGUGGAGUUGGUCGUGAAAUGGGAGUUACAUCUACCCAAGGAGUUGGUGGGUAAGAAAUGGGGACGUGACAAAAAGACGUGGAUAACGCAUCCGCAGAUGAAGCUGAUCUGCCUCCCUAUUCUAACGGACGACAAUAAGGGGAUGUGA